UCCUCCUCAAGGCAUCACUACCUAGUGGGCCAGAUAAUUAAUUAUGUAUGCAAUUAGCAUGGGGCAGGCAUCAGUGCCUAUGGGUACAAAGUCAGUCACAUCAGCUAAUAAAGUUCAGAUCCCCACUUGGGACUUGAGCAGGCUAUUCUGUCUUUCUUUAUGGUUCUCUAUUAUUCCUAUCCACAAGAAUUCCAAGGUGCAUGUACGUGUUAUGGUACAUAUUUUAAAUCAAAGCAUAUGGGUUCCAGUAAAGCAUCUUCUCCAAUUACGGGCUUUCAGGGUUUUUUUGCCCAGUUGGCAUAGAAAAUCUCUAAGACUAUUGCCAUGUCUGAUACUCUGGGAAUAAAGGAGAUUGAGAAAGAAGCUAAAUUGCCCAAACACCAUCCUGUUUAUCCGCUCUUCCUUUUCCCACCAGAGGGUAGGAGGCCUCAGUGCCCUGUGGCUGCCAAGACUCCUCACCAGGAGGGCGUCGUUGUUGUCAAAUGGGGUGAACAGUGGAGGUCGGCCUCCACUGCUCUGGGGAGGGGCAGCUGUAAUGGCUUUUCCUCAUCAAGUCCAGAUAUGACCUACCUGUCUGUGAGAGUAAUUGUAACCAUAUCAUUCUUUUCAACUGAAUUUCAGGUGAAAUGUCCGUAUAAGAAAGUAAACUUGAGUUGGUUCACUGGAAACGUGAAGCCCUGCCCUGGUUUACAUCAACCCAUCUGUGGCACUAAUUUUGUAACCUAUGAAAACCCCUGCAUCUUGUGUAUUGAGAGCCUGAAAUCUCAUGGGAAAAUUAGGUUUCAAAAUGAUGGAGAAUGCUAGCUGAGUGGAUUUGGAUGCCCUAGAGGAUAUCUUUUUUCUCUCCAUCAUGACAGUCCUUCUCUUACAAUUCACGCCUCCUCCCAUGUGAUGGUGGCAGAGACCUGCCCCAGCUGAGCUUGUAUCAGGUAACUGAAGGCUCCUUAGGCCUCUUCCCUCCCUAAUAAACUUUUC